AUGUCGAGCCGUCGGGUUCCCCUGGUCAACAUCCCCAAUGGCACUAACUCGCCGCAUCGAGGUGCUAUUACCUCAGGGAAGCGAAACCUUCCUGGAAAUUAUCAGACAGAGAUGCUCUUUAUGCAACCUCCCCCGAAGAAGCAGAUGCUGGAGAAAAAUGAGGGUGACCUGAACAACAAAUCUCCACGAAAGUUGGCGGUGACCAGUACGGAAGGGAAGGUGUUUACGCGCAAGAAUACCAAUUCCCAACCAACAGCGUUCGAAAGGAAGCUUGUUGCGGCGAGGGAGAAGGACAGGGCACAUAAUUCGCGAGGAACCAGAUAUGAUAGGACUGGGGGGGAAACUUUGGAUAGUAUUCGUCAGUGGCAGAAACACUAUCGUAAGGCGUUUCCCCAGUUUGUAUUUUACUUUGAGAGUAUCCCGGAAGAUGUUAGGAACAAGUGCUCGAGGCAGAUUAUGGCUCUUGGUGCUACGGAGGAGAAGUUCUUUUCCAAGGUAGUGACACAUGUUGUCACUGCUCGUCCAAUCCCUCGUGGAAUGGACUCCCCGAAUCACACAGAGAUAUCUACCAAUGCUCCUCUGGGCCAACAAAAUGCCGAUGGAUCUGUCCAAACUGUUGACCCGUCACUUCUGGAGAAGAAUUACGAGAGCAGCCAUGUCAGCCAGGGAGUGGGAAGACCCAGGAAAAUAUCCGACAAGCGGCCAGGGCAGGAGGGUGAUACGAGACGAGAUAAUAAGGAUGUCCUAUAUCGGGCAAGGCAAAUGAAUAUGAAGAUCUGGGCCCUUGAGAAAUUACAGCGCGUGAUAUCUACGAUGAAUGAUGGUGAAAAUAUCGCUCACCAUGGUCAUUAUACACGUAGUAAUGGCACAGUAUCCGGUGCUGGAAGGGGGAGGGCAGAAACGGAUCUGUCCCAGGUCCUUCGAAACGAACGCUUGCAUGGACCUACAGAUCGAGACUCUAUCUUGGCGUCGAAAGAAAUUAUUCCCUUCAAAGGCCCAUUUAUAUAUAUCCAUGAUUACGAAGAGAAGACUCGACCAGUUAUGGUCCGUGAGUACCCGAAGGUUGCCAGGCGACAGGAUGGAGCAUGGCCGCAGUUUCGGAGCGCUGCGCUGGGGAAAUGCCCUUUUAUCGAUGAACCGCUAACGAAAAAAGAAUUGGAGAAGCGGAAAGCUACCGCUAAUCAGACGAAAGAUAAGUGGCCUGCUACGAAGGAGAAAUCUACGGCGACUACGGAAAUAAAGACAAUGCAACCCCCAGAGCGCUCUGUUGAGAAACGAGCCUUGCAAGACGCGCAGGAAGGUGUGAAUCAAACAAUUACACGAGAAGCACCUGUUCCAGCCCCCAAGCGGGUUGAGACUCUUUUAAUGCUGCCAGCAAAACCCGCCUCUCCUCGUACCAAAGGAUUUGAGACAUUCCCUGAUGCAAAAGCUUCUCUCGCCACCUAUCUAGCGCGGGAACCGGCGGCAUCUGGAGUCCAGCCAUCAAACAUCACGUCAGCAAUCAGAUCGCAGAUGGUAUCAUCUACCGCAGCAGCCCCAGGAGCGAAAGCAGGAACGAGUAAAGAGGUGCACGGAUUGAAGAGGAAGGUUCUUGAGAAGGGACACAGUACCUUAUCGGCGAAUGGAAGCGGGAUUCCCUCUUCGCAUAGAAUGACGGACAUUUCUGGUGCUCUUAAAGCUUCCAGGGCCCCAGUGACAAGAGCAGCGAAGAGUAAGGCGACCGGCAACCUCGAUCAGAUCGAUGAAGACGGCACCACCCAGUCGGAAGGUGAGAAGGUACAGAAGCCCCAGCAGGCCAGCAGGAAGAGUAAUACGGCGCGAUCCAGGCAGAAGAAGCGUGAUCCCAAGCCAGGAUACUGUGAGAAUUGUCGUGACAAGUUCGAGGAUUUUGAGGAGCCAAACAACACAAACCAUUGCCGACCCUUUGUUGAGUUCGGCCCGACCGAGCUUGGUAAAGAAUCUUCUCUUGUUCGACAUACCAAGAAAUGUGUCGAUGGCCGGCCUCCAGUUGUCCGACAAAAGGCUUGUCGUGAGUGCUCGGCAGCAAAGACGCGGUGUGAUUUAAAGCGUCCGACCUGUUCUCGAUGUACUCUCCGAAACACCAUCUGCAUGUAUCCCACCUACCCUGCAGGCCCGGAAAUCGGUGUUGAAAGCCAUGGAUUUCCCCAAAAGGACAGUCAAAAAUCUACCAGUCCACUGCAAGGCCAUGUCCGUUUCGGACCUGAUCCACUGUGUGGUGGCUUUAACCCGGAGGUUGAACUCCCUACUCCUGAAAGCGAGACAUUAGAUUUCCAUUCCAUACUACCUCCAGACCUUGGAGUGCUUGAGAAUGAAUUAUCAGCUGUGUUCGACGGCUAUACCGAUGUUGAUAGCCUGAACUACAAUUAUGCCUUGGUUAGAAAUAUACCCGACUCAAGUAGCGGCGAAGGUGUUCAAAUAGCACCCUCAACUCCGCCACCCGCUUAUGCUCUGGGAUUGACUCGUCACACCAUGCAAACGUUAUUUCGAAUAGCUCAAACCUGGCCUCGAAUGAUGGCCAAAGGUACUCAGUUGCCCCCUAUCAUACACCCCAAACAAGUUUCGGACGGAAUUAUCCCGGAACCUCUAACGAACUGUUUCGCCCUCGUAAAAAUGUGGCAUGGACAGCCUCACGGAGGAGCCAGCAUUGUUCAACAAACAGUGAGGAGAGAAAUGCAAACAAUUGCAAACUCGUUUCAAACGCUCGACGAGACCGAGCUCGUCGCAGCUCUGCAAGCGCUGACGAUAUAUACCCUUAUGCUCUUAUUUCCUUCUAAUGACCAACAGACCAUCCCACUACUUGAGGAUAAGCUCGUAAGGCAGCUGAGGAGUAUAAUUCAGCACGUUGUGUCAACGGGCGUGGUACUCCAGGAGGAGAUCGAACGUACUCGGCCCUUUUGGGAGUGCUGGAUAGCCGUUACUUGCAAACGACGAGCGGCACUAAGUUUGUACACUAUAUACUGGGGUUAUAGUGUGUAUCACUGCAUACCAGCCUUUGAUUGUAGCGAACUACACCAUAUGCCCGCGCCGGCUCCCAAGUACCUAUGGCAAGCCACGACAAACGAGCAGUGGGAGUCAUUAUACAACCGAUGGUUAGCCCACUGGGAUGGGCCGUAUUAUCGCCAUGGGGAAAUAUUCGAAAUCAAUACUGGGAUCCGGAUGGAUCCACGGGCCGAGCUCUGGUUUGAAGAAGUCGAUGAGUUUGGCAUGAUAUUUGCAGCUGCUAUCAAUGCCCUUGAACGAGAGCCAGAGCUUACAGUCAUGGAAACCGCCGCUUAA